CUCGAAUAUCUCUACUUGCUGCAUAAAAGAAGCGCGAAUAAACUGAUAAUGUUUGGCCCAAUAAUAAUCCUUGAGUAAAAUUGAUAAAAAGUAAGCACUUGAAUGGAGGCUCUGAUGCGACAAAAUGACGAUUUACAUCUCCUGUGCAAGACAAGUUAUAAAGCUUUGAUGCUUCUUCGCGUUGAGAUUAGUUUGACUUCUAAAGAAGCAAGUGAGGUCUAAAGCUGUGAUUGUGAGACAAGAAUCAUCUAUGGCAUUUCAUGUUCUCAUAUACUUUCAAGACUGAACAGAUCAUUGAAUUUAAAGGACUUUUCGAGAAGACGGUAAUUGUCAGAAGAAGAACAAAAAGCUACUGAAAGCAAGAAUGAAGAUCCCAGUGAUUUUGGAAGAAGACGCUGAGCAAGAAUUGCGCAUAGAUCUCACAAAGACAGCCUCUUACAAUGAAAGCCGAAGAAAAAAAAGCAUCUUUUGAUGAAGGUACUUCUUGUGACUACGGUGCUGCUUAUACAAAGAGACGAACAAAAGAACAACUCAUUCUUUCUUUCACAGUACAUCCCUCAAUCAUAAAAGGCAAUAUCAUCGAUGUUUAUGAUCCUCGCCCCCAUGGUCAUUGCGGCUUUAGAGCUGCGGCAUAUUUCCUGCAUGGUAAAAAUCAUACUUCCCUGCAGUGAAAGCUGCUACGCUCAAAAGAUUUGAAAAAAAUAAAGACAUGUAUGUCAAUUUUCUUGGGAUGGAUAUAGAUGUCCUCACACUUGCGAUUACUAGAUCUAUUGAUCUAAAAGUGAACGAAGCAAAGCAAAGCGACAAGCGCUAUUUUGAACUAGGCGAUGGUGACUAUUUGGCAGACAGUAGUAGUCAUCGCUUAGCCAAGAAAGCGAGC